AUGAGCGGCGGUCCACACAUGACCAUGGAGCAGGUGGUGCGCACCUUCAAGCCCUGCAAGCUCUACGAUGGCGUCAACGAGAAAAUUGUUUCCGUAGAGGUCGAUGGGGAGAUGGAGGAGGUGGAGAUCGACCCCCAAGAGGGGCCGAAGAUCUUGAAGCCGGAUGGCACGGGGCCCGGACCCAACGACUUCCACAAGCUGCCCCGCGUGUGCCGGUCUCACCUUGACAUGUCCGCGGCGAACGGCUUGAGCAAGGGCUGGAUCUUCUACACUUCCACUGAGCGCAAAAUGUGCGUUUUGCAGGCAGCCAAAAUCAAUAAGCAGCGAAGAGCACUUGCCGCUCAACGUAGCGUGGAAUAG